GUACGGAUUAUACUCUCCCUGCAGAGCUUCAUCCAUCUGCUAUCAACUAUGUCUGCUCACACCAGCGUUCUUCUUCUCAUCACUCUUUGGGCUUCCAUGGAGGAUGGUUUGGGUCUUCCGGUGAUGAAACAGGUGGAAGUGGAGGUCAGUGAUGGUGUCCCAACACAGAGAGUGAGGAGCAAACGCUGCGCCUGCAGCAGCCCACUGGACUCUGAGUGCCACUACUUCUGCCACCUGGAUAUCAUCUGGGUCAACACACCCAGUAAGACAACGGUUUAUGGGCUCGGCAGCUCUCUGUCCCGACGCAGAAGGUCCACUGGCCGGUGCACCUGUGCCAUCCCUGAUGAUCAAACCUGUACCAACUUCUGCCAUCACGGCCCUGAAAUAAUUUCCCCAAAGACACAUCAACUCAACAUUCUCCGCAUCCUAAGAGCUGCAGCCAGCAGGUCCAAGAGAGAGCAGGAUUCACCUGAUUCAGACAAAGAAGAGUCCUCUCAGAGGAAAAUUACUCGCUAAACAGCGUGCCAGCUGAUGCAGUGAGAAUGAGAGAAAGAGAGCA